CCGAAACACCGCGCCAAAAUAUGUUUUUAGUGAAGAGAAGAAGACAGCUGGCGGAAACGGUCCAUGUUUAUAUUUCUUGUUACAUUUGGGAAACAGAAGGAAGGAUGUCUUGUAACGCCAGUGUUACUCGUCUCCAUCUGUCCUCCUUAAAGAGGGCAGAGAAAGCCCCGGUCCACUUCAUGCCCUGUGAGAUUGAGCACAAUGGGCUCGCCCAGGUCUCACAGUAUUUCACCGCAACAACAAAAGAAAACAAAAAAGAUAAGACAGUGUCAUUCAGAGGACGCGGGUUAAAGGGACAGGAGAUCAGCUGUCCUCAGGGCUACACUGGUCUGGUUCUGAAGGAGGUCGACAGACACGGCUCUGACCAGGAGGACAGGACAGUGAAGGUGACCUCAGUGUUUGACAAGCUCACCUACUGGAACCUGGAAACACCUCCCACUUCAGAUGACACUGUGGUGAUGGCGAUGGACUGGCCUGAGCUGGCUGAGGCAAUCCAUGGGAUGGUUGAAGACUGAAGACACUUGAGGCUGAUUACAUGUGGCACAAGCAAAGCCCACUUAUUGCUGCUUAAUCUAAAUUGUGUUCCUGUCUCAGAGCAAUAAAAAAUUUUUUUGUAAAUAAGAAGAAAACCAAAACACAGGCUGAAGAGAAUUUUGUGAAUUAGUAAAACAGUCAAACAUUUGUGCCACAGAACACCAUUUAUUCACAAGGUGACAUUUAGAUAUUGGACAUUAAGACUCACAAAACUCUCUAAAUGAUCACUGCUGUCGUCCAUUAAAAGUAUCAAGUUUAAAACUCUUUUUUUUUUGUUUUACAGUAAUUUCAACAUUUUUUUUUUUUAUAGAAAGUGUCUUGAAACAUUUAAAAUAGUGCAGAACAAGAACUUCCACAGACUCAAUCAGGCACAUACAAAGACAUUAAGAUAAGGCAAACAUUUAGUGGAUUACCUCCUUUUUUUCUCCACCCUUCAUCUGGUUUUCUGCCUCUGGUUAAAGUGGGUGUAGUGAAGAACGGUUUGAAGUGAGCCAAUGUUGGUCCAUUAAAAGUGCAGGUGUUUAGUCAAUCUAAACGUUAACGGAUUGUCCUGACUGUUACAGUAUGAAUCAGCUGAAACCUGGAAUGGUUUGUUUAAUUUACUCAAAGAAUGAAAUGCGAGGCAAAAUGGAGUGAAUAAAUACCGUCGGAAAUUUACUUUCUACAGGAAAGAGAUGCAUCAGAAAUGUGGCCAACUUUUAGCUUCUUCCUGUUGAUAGCAAAACACAACAUUAAAAUGAUCUCCAUCUAAAUCUGCUGUCUCACAGUAACAGGACACCAAUACAUAUUACAACUUAUAUAAUAUCAAUUCAUUUUUUUAACUUACAUGGUAAACAACUUGGUGUACAAUUCUUUAUAACAUUUUAAUAAAGCUCGUUAAUAACCAAUUGUUACUACCUUAUGAGUCUAUCAAACUGAAUUCAAUGACAAUGAUAAAAUAAUUUGUUACAACCUAAACUAUAAAACGCUCUUCAGAUAUAAAAAGUUGCACAGAGGAAACAUUUUUCAUGGUUUUCUUACAGCGAUAUGUCAAUGUUAGUCAAGCCGAUACUCAAACCACUGACGCAUGUUUUGCUUUUAUGCUUACGAGGAGAUCCAACCGCUGCUGCUGUGAGGAGAGGAUUUUUGGUCUUU